AGGGGUGACCUUUUCGCUAAAGGUCGACUCAAGAACCCGUACAUCUUUAGGAGGAACAUUGUUACAAUAUUUGGGGGCCCAAAGGAUUCGAAAUUUGAUUCCGAGGAUAUGAAGAUCAGGAAGGAAUCUACGCGCGAUAGAUGUGAGCUUAUCCGAGGCUUAAGUGCUGAUGGAGUAAUUUCAUGGGCUAUUGCUUACCCUCCGACUCUUUGGGCUGCAGGCUCCAUGGCCUUGGAUGUUUUCACCUGCCUCCUUGACGAUAUUGAGCCAGAGUUAGAGCAGGCUUGGCCACCCACGGUAUGGGAGACGUUGCACCUGCUCAAGGCGGAUGAGGGUUUUUUGGAAAGCUCUCUUGUAUAUGAGGAAUUCCUUGAAGGUCUGUUUUCUAAACUAUUGAAAAUAGUGUAA